AUGUCACAGAACUCAGUCGAGAUCCUUGUGCAUGUAGCUGCACCAGGAGUAGCUAGAGAUGAUGUGAAUUAUCGAGCCCAGGCAGCCGCAUGCUUGGAGUUUGAGCCGGCGACGAGAUUUAACGUGCUCCCACAGCCGGAGAGCGAGGAUGCUGAAGCUUGCCUUGACGCCGUGGAAAAGAAUGAUAACGAAGACUACACAACAAAUGGUGUCGAAUACGCCUGCGAGGAACCGACUUCUAGCAGAGAGGAUUUUGAUACUACGUUUGGGUCGUUCACGACUUCGUGGCCUUCCUCUGGGGAACUUGGUGAGCCGGUCAAUCGUUCUAUCGGGUUGAGCGAGUUUUCUAGGCUGGAGAAUGCUAUUGAAGAGGAAUCUGGAUUUAUCGAGACACCACCCAGCACUGUGGCAGAUUCACAGGUUGCAUCUCCUUCAUCGAAUCGUACAGCCACACCGACCUUCACUCCUACUUCUACGCCGUGGGACUUUGAAAAGAAUGAUAGCCCUGAUAACGGCCCGAUUCCACCAGUUUAUAUCUCGUUGUCAUCUGACAACGAUGAAGCUACGCAGUCCUCCAAAAGGAGACGAGCAUCGCCUAGUUCUACCGACUCUCCAGAAUCCAGCUGGUCCUGUUCUUCAGCUUCUGUUGCGUUGGAGGCUCCUGUGCCUCCAUCAUCAGUUGAAGACCGUCUUCCCUCGCCGCCUGCAGCUUCCACCCCAUAUGUUUCGACAGAAACAUCAAGCCAGCUGGAUUUAGAGAGGUCAGGCUCUCAGCGUUUGGGAAAAUUUCCUUCCCUGCCGCUGGAAAUCCACCCACACCAUCCGGAGCCGUCAUCUACAGCCAGAUUCACUACCCAUAUGACCCCAGCUUUACAGAUGUUGGUGGCCCAUCCGAAGCUUUCACGAUAUUAUCAACCAGCUUUUGAAGCUCGAUCAUUGCAGAAGUGCGAACGUGGAUACUGGUUCUUGCGAAUCCCUAUCACUUCUGAUACUUCUACCCAAGCACAACACGAUAAGCCCAGGUCUAUGGCCGGCGACGAUCAGAGCGCCAUUUCUACACCUACGAGUACUGCAGAUGACAGCCCUUGGACCGUAGAUUCUUUCUUUCGGUUUUGGGACUAUCUAACAGAAUAUAUCGCCAAAAAGGACAGGGCAGGAUGGGGUGUGUGGUGUUACUGUGACUCGCCAUCCACAGUACAUGAUUCGUCAUCGUCUACUGGCGAUAAGCACAACGUCGGCCGAGUUCAAACGUCAAUGGAAGAAGACGGGAUUACCCAACUUGACGUCCGCAUCUGCACAUGGGGGGAACUUGUUCGACCCAUAUACCUUCUCAUGUUUAUUGCGAGCGAUAGGAGGGUUGGAAAACUAUCAGGCGUGGAAUGGAGAGAUGCAGGUGAAAAGCCUGUUAUUCGCAUGCCGUGA